AUGCUUCGCCAAUUGCGUCCCCGGAGCGCAUUCAGGCAAUCGCCUGCGAAGCUGGUCACCGCGAUAUGGGAGUCCUCGAGGACAUACGCCGGCGUGGCAGCACCGGCACCUUCUGCAAAUUUGCAGGGCAUUGACCCUUCCAAGCUGACAAUCACCAAGACCACGACUCCCGCCUCGCUCGUUGAUCCGAAGCAAUUGGUCUUCGGCCGAACCUUCACAGAUCAUAUGCUCAGUCUCGAAUGGACUGCGUCAGAGGGAUGGCUGGCUCCCCGAAUCACCCCUUACCAAAACCUCUCACUGGACCCGGCAAGCUGCGUGUUCCACUACGCAUUCGAAUGUUUCGAGGGCAUGAAAGCAUACAAAGAUAGCAAGGGGCAGGUACGGCUAUUCCGGCCGACCAAGAACAUGGCUCGGAUGAACAAGUCGUCUGCACGCAUCGCGCUGCCCACUUUUGACAGCAACGCCAUGAUUGAAUUGAUUGCCAAGUUCGCUUCCCUGGAACAGCGAUUCAUCCCAUCAGAGCGGGGAUACUCACUGUACCUCCGCCCGACCAUGAUCGGUACCCAGAGAACACUGGGUGUUGGCCCACCCGGAUCCGCCCUGCUGUACGUGAUCGCUUCGCCCGUCGGACCCUACUACCCCACGGGCUUCAAAGCCGUAUCCCUCGAAGCCACCGACUACGCCGUGCGAGCCUGGCCAGGAGGAGUCGGAGACAAGAAGCUAGGAGCCAACUACGCGCCAUGCAUCGUGCCGCAACUGGAGGCCGCGAAGCGAGGCUUCCACCAGAACCUCUGGCUCUUCGGCAAAGAAGAGUACGUGACCGAGGUCGGCACGAUGAACAUGUUCGUGGCGCUCAAGAACAAAGAGACGGGCCAGAAGGAGCUCGUGACGGCGCCCCUGGACGGCACGAUCCUGGAGGGCGUGACGCGGGACUCGGUGCUGGCGCUGGCGCGCGAGAAGCUCGCGCCCGAGGGCUGGCUGAUCUCGGAGCGCAAGUACACGAUGCGCGAGCUCUCCGAGGCGUCGCGGGAGGGCCGCUUACUGGAGGCCUUCGGGGCCGGGACCGCGGCCGUCGUGAGCCCCGUGCGGAACAUCAGCUGGAAGGGCGAGCUGGUCGGGUGUGGCCUGAAGCCGGAUCAGGAGGCGGGCGAGAUCGCCCAGCGUAUGAAGGAUUGGAUCGAGGCUCGCCAGUACGGUGAUGAGGAGCAUGAGUGGAGUUAUGUCGUGCCGCAGUAA